AAAAAAUUGUCAAUGACAAGUGGAUUGAUAAAAAUCCAAUUUCAUUUUCAUGUUAGAAGAAACGUAGAGAGAGAACGAUGAGAUUUUCUUGUACUGAAAGCAAAUGUUGAGUGCUAUUUAAAAUACAAGCAAUAAGUAAUCCAGCAAUACCUAAAUAAUCAGUAUGGCGGAAUCUGAUAAUCUUAACUCCUCCAACAAUCCUCCAGGCGAAGUCAGCAAUGAAAACAGUGUGGUGGAAGCGAAUAGAUCUUCUGAAGAUACUGUUGAUGUCAAUGCUCAAAUCGAUGAACAAAGACGCAGAAUGCAGCCAACUAAGAUGGAAUCAUUCUUUGCCAUUACAAAGUCCUUGAUUAUAAGGGCACUUGUAGUUUAUUUCAUCACUUCCAUGUUUCGGCAACCAUCAGCGCCCAAGACUGAUUUAAGCAACCCUACAGCAGCCCCUCGUGUUCCUGCUAUUAACAUGUUUGCUAAUGGCACUGUUUUAGAUAUGUACUGCUAUGUAUCAGAGAGAGAAUUUUAUUCCAAUUUAGAUGAUUCUGAUUUAAUUUGGAAACAAACUGGAAUUAUUUAUGGUGAUUGGCUGGGAGGUCCUAAUAAUGAUGGUACCUUCACUCACUCCACCACCAUUAAGCCUUCAGAUUCAUUAAAGAACAAUGGAUCAAUCUAUCUUCACGUAUUUGUGGUACAAUCUGGAAAAUCACCUGACCCUAAAAAUAAAAACGAUUAUGGUGGACCAUACAUCACCUAUGGCAAAAAAAUGCUUAAUAAAUAUAAAAAGUUGCGUUAUAUGAAGACACACAACUUAUUAACAGGGCAAACAGAAAAAUCUGCUGAAGAAAUAAUUAAGGCUGAAACCCUUAAAGAGGAAAUUGUAUCACAUUGGCAUCCAAAUUUAACUGUCAAUUUGGUAACAGACCAAACUAAUUGGAUGCAAGGCAGCGUUCCACCCCCAUUAGAUGAGUUUAUCUUCUUUUUGCCAGAUGGGAAACAGUAUAAGCCUGCAGUUUUCUUGAAUGACUACUGGAAUAUGAUGCGAGAUUAUGUACCAAUUAACAAAACUUCAGAAUUAUUGAAUCUUGAGCUAACAUUUCAACCUUUAAGUUUGUUUAAAUGGCAGUUGUAUACUGCCCAAGCAAUGAGAGACAAAUUGAGUAUGUUUUCAGCACUCGGGGCUGAAGAGCAAGAUGAAGAGCAAGACACUGUCAAGGAAUUGCUACUUGACACUUCACCAUACCUGCUUGCACUUACUAUCAGUGUUUCAGUUCUACAUUCCAUAUUUGAAUUACUUGCUUUCAAAAAUGAUAUACAAUUCUGGAACAAUAGGCAGUCACUUGAGGGUCUUUCUGUGAGAUCAGUAUUUUUUAAUGUUUUCCAAUCCACGGUGGUGUUGCUUUAUGUCCUUGAUAAUGAAACAAAUGUCAUGGUCAGAAUUUCAUGUUUCAUAGGUUUGCUUAUAGAGGUCUGGAAAAUUAACAAAGUUAUGGAUGUGAAGAUAAAUAGAGAGGAGCGUAUCUUUGGUAUACCGAAACUAAGUUUUACUGAUAAAGGAUCUUAUGUUGAAUCUAGUACAAAGCAGUAUGAUAUGUUGGCUUUCCGUUACCUGAGCUGGGCUUGCUUCCCUCUUUUAAUUGGAUAUGGUGUAUACUCAUUGUUAUACCAGGAACAUAAAGGAUGGUAUUCUUUCAUAUUAAACAUGAUGUAUGGAUAUUUAUUGACUUUUGGAUUCAUCAUGAUGACACCACAACUGUUUAUUAACUACAAGUUGAAGUCAGUAGCACAUUUGCCUUGGCGUAUGAUGACAUACAAGUUCCUUAAUACAUUUAUAGAUGAUAUCUUCGCCUUUGUGAUAAAAAUGCCAACAAUGUACCGUUUGGGUUGCUUCAGAGAUGAUAUUGUAUUUUUCAUCUUUUUAUACCAACGUUGGAUCUACAAGGUUGACCAUAAGCGGGUCAAUGAAUUUGGUUUCUCUGGUGAGAUGGAACAACAACAGAAACAAGUAAAGAAUGGCACUCCAGCUAUUUUAGAAGCAGAACAACAACCAGCUGACAAGAAAAAUGAUUAAUUAAAUUUUAUUGUAUAUUAGGUAAAGUCACAAGACAACCUCUCACUUAUUUUGAGUAUUUAAUGGUGGUGUACCCAUAGCCAAAUCAUAGUUCUGAAUGUGAGAAAGCCUGUGGUAGAUUAUGAGAUAAAUCUAUAUAGAUUCUAAUAUAAAGAUAUCCUGAUAACUGAAUAUUACUUAACCACAUAUAAAUGGAUAAUAUUAAACGUUCUCUUGAGUAAUAAAAUUUAUCUUAAGAUAGCUUAGUGUUCUUUCACAUCAGUUUUGAUGACAUGUCACUAGGUAAUACUUUAUUUUGCAAAUAGUAUGAAUAAAUUUAGGUUUGUCCUUGACUAUGUAUUAGAAAACUAAAUUUGUGUGCAUAAGCCAGAAGCUUUUGAUAUAGUAUUUGUGCUAUUGAUGUAUAGUAUUUAUUAUUAUUCAGUUUUUGGAUGUCUUUUUUAUUGAUAUUGGGCUCCUUUUAAUUUUGCGUUAUAAAUAUAAUUUCUUAAAUUUUGUACAAGUCACUACUUUUUACUAAAUUUUGUAAAGUGUUUAGUUUAUAUCAAUUAAAUUAUUAUUUUUUUCAAGUAUUAUUUUCAGAAUAUUAUGAUAUCAACCUAGAUCUUGUUAACAAUGUCAUGUAAACAAACUGGGACAACUACUGCAAGAUAAAAGACAUAUUUUCUUAAAACUAGCAGACACUUAAGUAUUUAUUUAAAUUAUUAAGUAAGAAGUUAAGGUUGUGUGAUAACAGUUUGUUCUUGAUCUUCGUUUCUUCUUUAUUUUAUUGUUAAUGUUGUGUAUGUGCAUUAUUUUUCAGGUACCUAGUACAGUUCUAUUAAGUAAUAUAAUAAGAAUAGUUGUAAUAAAAUAUUGACACUUGCAAGUAUACUACUGAUUCACCCUCCGACGUCACAAAUUUGAAUUUGAUAAACUAGAUUAAGAAAAGCAAA